GGCCGGGCGGAACUUUCCAGAACGCUCGGUGGGUGGUAGAGGAGCAGCGUCUGGCCGAGCUGCGCUGUGCUACGCUCCUCUUUCCGCUCUCCGGCGCCGGCCCGCUCACCGGCUGUAAAAAAUGGUGAAAGAAACUACUUACUAUGAUGUUCUGGGGGUCAAACCCAAUGCCACCCAGGAAGAAUUGAAAAAGGCAUAUAGAAAAUUGGCCUUGAAGUACCACCCUGAUAAAAAUCCAAAUGAAGGAGAAAAGUUUAAACAGAUUUCUCAAGCUUAUGAAGUUCUUGCUGAUUCCAAGAAAAGGGAACUAUAUGAUAAAGGGGGCGAGCAGGCGAUUAAGGAGGGCGGAGCAGGUGGAGGUUUUGGCUCGCCCAUGGAUAUCUUUGAUAUGUUCUUUGGAGGAGGAGGAAGGAUGCAAAGAGAAAGGAGAGGUAAAAAUGUCGUGCAUCAGCUCUCAGUGACCUUAGAAGACUUAUAUAAUGGUGCAACAAGGAAACUGGCUCUGCAAAAAAAUGUGAUUUGUGACAAAUGUGAAGGCCGAGGUGGUAAGAAAGGAGCAGUAGAGUGCUGUCCCAACUGCCGGGGGACUGGCAUGCAGAUCAGGAUUCAUCAGAUUGGACCAGGAAUGGUUCAGCAAAUUCAGUCAGUGUGCAUGGAGUGCCAGGGUCAUGGAGAACGCAUCAGUCCUAAAGACAGAUGUAAAAGCUGCAAUGGAAGAAAGAUAGUUCGAGAGAAGAAAAUUUUAGAAGUUCAUAUUGAUAAAGGCAUGAAAGAUGGUCAGAAGAUAACAUUCCACGGUGAAGGAGACCAAGAACCAGGACUGGAGCCAGGAGAUAUUAUCAUUGUGUUAGAUCAGAAGGACCAUGCUGUUUUUACAAGGCGAGGAGAAGACCUUUUCAUGUGUAUGGACAUACAGCUGGUUGAAGCAUUGUGUGGCUUCCAAAAGCCAAUAUCUACUCUUGACAACCGAACCAUAGUCAUCACCUCUCAUCCAGGUCAGAUUGUCAAGCAUGGGGAUAUAAAAUGUGUGCUAAAUGAAGGUAUGCCAAUAUACCGUCGGCCAUAUGAAAAGGGACGUCUAAUCAUUGAGUUUAAGGUAAACUUUCCUGAAAAUGGCUUUCUCUCUCCUGAUAAACUCUCUUUGCUGGAAAAACUCCUUCCUGAAAGGAAGGAAGUAGAAGAGACUGAUGAAAUGGAUCAGGUAGAACUGGUGGACUUUGAUCCAAAUCAGGAAAGACGGCGUCAUUAUAAUGGAGAAGCGUAUGAGGAUGAUGAGCAUCACCCCAGAGGUGGCGUUCAGUGUCAGACCUCUUAAUGGGCCAGUCACUCUUUGACCUUGUGUAUGCAGUAGUGAAUGUGGGAAGGACUGUAAUCAUAAUAUGCUCACUACUUGGCUGUUGUUUUUGUUUUAAUAUUCAACUAUAGUAGUGUUUUAAAAGUUAAAUGAAGAAUAAACACAAAUAUAAAAGCUCUGACUUUGCCCUGUAUGUAUGAUGACUUUAAUGUUCAAGAUGAAAAUGAAUACUUGUAAAAAACUAGUUUAAAAAAUGCCCUAGCAUCUGUUAGGCCAUAUCUUGUGUAACUGAUAAUAGCGUGUACAUUAGACUGAC